GCAAUUGAUAGUUGCAAUUCCAAACCCAGUAGCUAGAUGGCUACAUGAUUGCAUUGGGAAAACACUGCAUCCUGGAGCCAGAAUCAUCCCAAAGUGGAGGUCAAUCAAAUGAGGCUUUCACUAAAAAUCUUUGCAGACAUAAACAGAUGUCCUGACAAAAUUGAGUUUUCAGUGUCUGCAAAGCUGAAUCAGCUGAAUUGAGGCCUGCAGACUCAUGAAAGCCUGGUGCCUCAGAAUAAUCCUGACAAAUGAUGUCAUGUCUCUUUCUAACUGCAAUGACAGCUGCUCAGGAAGCAGUUCUGCAUGCAUCUGGAAGCGGUACACCUCUGCUCUCCAAGGACUACUGCAUGCUGUAUAAUCCGCUUUGGACAAUGCUUCCAACUACCCUAGAAAAUGCAACUUCCAGAAGCUUGAUGGAUCUGACAAGCACACCACUAUGCAACCGUUCUGAUCUUCUUCCUCUCCAUGGCUUAAACAAUAAAGCAGUGGUGGUACACUGGGGACCCUGCCAUUUUCUUGAAAAAGCCAGAAUUGCACAGACAGGGGGCGCUGAUGCCUUGUUGGUCGCCAAUAACAGUGUGUUCGCUCCUCCCUCAGGGAAUAGAUCUGAAUUUCAAGAUGUGAAAAUACCAAUUGCAUUUAUAAGCCAAAAAGACUUUGAAGACAUGAAGCAGACUCUUGGAAGUAACAUUACUGUAAAAAUGUAUGUACCACCACGGCCUAACUUUGACUAUACUAUGGUGGUUAUUUUUGCAAUUUCUGUGUUCACUGUGGCAUUAGGAGGAUACUGGAGUGGACUUAUUGAAUUAGAAAACUUAAAGACACUAACAAACACUGAGGAGAGAGAAACGAGGAAAAAGAAGGAAGAAUAUGUGACUUUCAGUCCUCUUACAGUUGUAGUGUUUGUGGUGAUCUGCUGUGUUAUGAUGGUCUUACUGUAUUUCUUCUACAAGUGGUUGGUUUAUGUUAUAAUAGCAAUUUUCUGCAUAGCAUCAGCAAUGAGUCUGUACAACUGUCUGGCUGCACUAAUUCGUAAGAUACCAUAUGGACAAUGCACGAUUACGUGUCGUGGCAAAAGCAUUGAAGUGAGACUUCUUUUUCUCUCUGGACUAUGCAUAGCUGUAGCUGUUGUUUGGGCUGUGUUUAGAAAUGAGGAUAGGUGGGCUUGGGUUUUACAGGAUAUCUUGGGCAUUGCUUUCUGCCUGAAUUUAAUUAAGACACUGAAGUUACCCAAUUUCAAGUCAUGUGUGAUACUUCUAGGCCUUCUCCUCCUCUAUGAUGUUUUUUUUGUUUUCAUAACACCAUUCAUCACAAAGAAUGGUGAGAGUAUUAUGGUUGAACUUGCAGCUGGACCUUUUGGAAACACGGAAAAGAAUGAUGGAAACUUUGUGGAAGCCACUGCUCAGCCCUCAGCUCCCCAUGAGAAAUUACCAGUAGUUAUCAGGGUCCCAAAGCUGAUGUAUUUCUCAGUAAUGAAUGUGUGCAUCCUGCCUGUUUCCUUAUUGGGUUUUGGAGACAUUAUUGUACCUGGCCUGUUGGUUGCAUACUGCAGAAGAUUUGAUGUUCAGACUGGUUCUUCUUCUGUCUACUAUGUUUCAUCCGUAAUUGCCUAUGCCAUUGGCAUGAUACUUACAUUUGUUGUUCUGGUGCUGAUGAACAAGGGGCAGCCUGCUCUCCUCUACCUGGUACCUUGCACACUUAUUACUGCCUCAGUUGUUGCUUGGAGGCGUAAGGAAAUGAAAAAGUUCUGGAAAGGAAGCAACUAUCAGGUAAUGGCCCAUCUGGACUCUUCAACAAAUGAAGAAAACCCGGUGACUACUGAUGAACAGAGUGUCCAACAGUAAUAUUACACGGACGUACAAUAAUGUGUUAUUGAUUUUCUACAAAUAGAGUUUGACUUUUUAAAUCAAUUUUUGAAUCGACAAUCUGAAAGCAUUUUCAGUGAUGUUUGCAAAUAUAUAUAUUUUUAUGAGUUGGUAUCGAAAAUUACAUCAUAAAGAAUGAAAAUGCAUUUGCUUUUAAUUAUGUCAAAAUUGUGCCUUCACAUUAAAUAAAAGCAUAUGGUCUAUGUGCUUUCCAAGAUCCAUUAUAUAAGUAUAUUUUUCUAAAAAAAAAAAUGCCUUGCCACUCUAGACCUUCCUUAAUGAAAUAUGUUUCUUUCAACUCUAAUGAUAGAUCAAAGUAUGACUGUCAAAAUGAGAUGAACAAAUGUUUUAUUAAAAAAUUAUGUAGAUUUUAUCUUCUCUGUAGAAAUAACUAUUUAAGACCAUGCCUAAAGGCAAUUCAGCUGUGAAAAUCUGGGCCUUUGUAUAUCCUGAAGAAGUGAGAAAUAUAUAAUUCAGGAAUAAAUAUAAACAUUUUUAUAGUGUUAAUUUUGAAAACGUAUAACCAUUUUAAAAAGUUAACAGCUCAGAUUAAUUUAGACUGCAUAUCUAUCUAUCUAUCUAUGCACGUUAGAAUAUCUUUCCAGACACAGAGAAACAUAAUAUAUAGAACUAUCCAUUAAAAGGAUAUAAAUAUAGCAUCUAUUUUUUGAAAGUGCAGCUUAACUUUGAGUUUCACUUUGGUAUUUUUGAUCUUUUUAAUGUUCAAAGUAUAAAUGUGCUUUGUAGCCCAUCUAUAAAAUGAACAUCUUAGAUCAGUUAAUCACUAAUUAACUGAUAACUUCUAACUUAAAAAUUUCUUUUCUUUCUCGCUCUCGCUCUCUCUUUUUGUAUAAUAUCGGGUGUGCUCUUGAACAUUUUCUGGGAGACAGAGAUUGAAUUAUCUUCCCAUUUUCUUUUUCUCUAAGAGGUUUCCAAAAUACCAGUGAUUGCAAAAGAAGAGUUGUCAUUUCUGUGUAAAUAAUGUACAAAAUAUGUGUACAUAUCUAGUCUUUUAUUCUAAGGCCAAAUGAAUUUAUUAAAAGAUAAAACCAGUGCCUUUUAAAAUGGAUCAGACCUUUGAUGUUUGAACUAAACUUAAUAUUACAUGCUUUGUUUAAUUGUUAACUUGCUGAGUAACUCACAAAUAGAGAAAUUUCAUGGACAGUCAGCCCUUCCUUCUACUUUUGUUGAUGGCCAAUGACUUAGCUGGCAAGUAAGAGUUAAUCUUCAUUUUGUCUUCCUUUUAUCAAGUUUUGAAUUUUUUCCAAGGAAUGUAAUUUAUUUGGCAGGCUCUAAUAGAACAGAUUAAGUGCCAUUUUAAUACUCCAACUAUUUAUAAUGUCAAUACAAUACUUGUCAGAAUACAGCUUUUUUAGUAAAAUUAUCUUCAGUCUCAUCCAAGCCUUAUGAUAUUAAAAGCCUCAACUACAUCUUAUGAA